AUGGGAUCAAUCGACGCCCCCGAGAAUGGGUCAAAAUUUAUUUUGACGGCGGAGGCCUUGAACAAGGCUCUGCCCGAUAUGCAUAUGGCCACAAGAGCCAUUCAUGCCGAUGACUUUGUCAGUCCCCAUCGUGCCAUCGCUCCCGGAAUGCACACAGCUGUAAACUUUCGUUACGCGCGCGACCCAGAGGACCUUGUCCCGGAGGAAAACAAGGAUCCAAACGCUCCUUAUGAUUCCCACGUAUAUUCUCGCUACACGGCUCCAAAUUCCAAUCGUCUGGAGAUCUUGCUACGUAACAUCAUGGGCGGUGAAGUGAUCACUUACUCUACUGGACUCUCCUCCUUCCACGCGAUGGUCGUUCUCCUGAACCCGAAGAAAGUCUUCAUCGGAGAUGGAUACCACGGGUGCCACGGAGUUCUGGACAUUAUCCAUCGAUUGACCGGGGUGCAAAAAUUGGACUUGAUGGACGUUGAUCAAGCUGGUCCCGGUGAUAUCAUUCACGUUGAAACGCCUCUCAACCCCACUGGCGAGGCUCGGAACCUUGCCUACUAUCGGGCCAAGGCGACCGAAAGGGGUGCCUACCUCACGGUGGAUUCUACCUUCGCACCACCCCCGCUGCAAAAUCCCCUCGAUUUUGGAGCCGAUAUUGUGAUGCAUAGCGGAACGAAGUAUGUUGGCGGUCACUCUGACAUGCUUUGCGGAAUCCUGGUCAUCCGUCAGGACCACGUGGAGGAAGGAUGGCUGAAGACGCUACACACAGACCGCCAAUACAUUGGCAGUGUCAUGGGAAGUUUUGAGGGUUGGUUAGGUAUCCGCUCCGCUCGUACUAUGCAGCUCAGAGUGGCGCGACAGGCGCAGACAGCAGAGAGACUGGCUGCAUGGCUACACCAGGGGCUUAAAGACACCAAUUCUGUGGUCGGGAAAGUUCUCAGUCAUGUCCAGCAUGCCUCGCUACAGGAGGAUGAUCUAAAGGACGGAUGGCUUCGGAAACAGAUGCCUGGUGGAUUCGGGCCCGUUUUCUCCAUGUGGACCAAGAACCCAGAGCACGCCCGUCGACUGCCCACUAGAAUGUUCGUCUUUCAGCAUGCGACCAGCCUUGGGGGCGUGGAGAGUCUGAUGGAAUGGCGGACAAUGAGUGAAGCAGGCUGCGACAAGAGGCUGCUGCGAGUCAGUUGCGGUAUCGAAGAGUUUGGUGAUUUGAAAGCCGACAUUAUUCAAGGCAUGGAAUCGAUAUUACGAAAUUCCGCUUAA